AUGGCGAACGAAGACCUCAACUUCGGGCCGAUGAUCCCUUGCACCGAGUUGAAGCGUCAAACUUCCAAUACUACGGUAGGAUACUGUAGAACUCUGAGAAUAUUACGGUAGGAAUUUUGUAGCAAUCGGUUGAGGGAAGUGUCCAACCAAAGGAUAAGAAAAACGACUCUAAAAAGGUUUUCUAAGUUUGAAAAAUCAAUUUUUAGUUUUUUUUAAAUGAAUUUAAAGUGACCCAAAAAACUGGUUUUAGAUACCUUGAACCCAAUUUAAGCCUGAAACCUGGAAAAUAUGAUCAAUUUUCAGAAUUUGGAUCGUCUAAACGCCGAUUUGUCGAAACAAGCCCAUGUUUUUACAGCGGUUGAUCGAAGUGGCACGGAUGGAAAUCAAAAAGUCCGUGAAAAUAUCAUUUCUCAUCAUUCCUGAAUGACUUUUGAUAUCAGAAAUUGAAAUUACAAGUUUUAGAAUGAAUAAUUUGGUAACGUUCACAAAGGAGUGGGAAAAAGGACACCAACGAAAAGCGGACAUUGCCGAUACUGUUGUAUGCUUUUUUUUCGAUUUCACUUCUCAAAUAAGAAAGGAAAAGGAUAAAAGAUAGAAAUGAAAAAUUUUUCGAUAAAAAAGAAAAAAAGUUGCAUGCGUGCAAAGGCGCGCCAUGGACAACAUGAAAGAAUCAUCGAAACUUUUUCUUUUUUUGUUGUUUUUUUUUCGUUUGUAAAUUGAAAAAAAGUGCUCGCGUUCUACAGAUUGCACAGCGAUUCGAAGGAUUGAUACUGGAUCUGACGACCGACACGAAAUUCACUAAUGACAUUAUCAAGGCAACAUAUUCGGAUAUUCAAACAGUUGGUUUCUUUGUUCAUUUUUGAAUUUGUAUUGUUAUAAUUAUGAAAACAGUGUUUCGAGGCAAUUUUCGAAACAGUUAAAGGUUUUAUAUCUGCAUUAAUUUCGAAAAGAAAUGGAAAUAUAACAGAAAAUGGGAAAAAUUUAUAGCCUCGAAAAAAAACAUUUAAAUUCUAAAUUCUUACAUUUUUUGAUUUUCUUCUCAUAAAGAUGGAUUUGAAGUAUGAGAAAAGGUUCUAGUAAUACAAAAGUCAAUUUUUAACUUCUAUAUUCCAAGAACUAAAAUGGAAUAUAGCUGAAAAUUAAUACAAUUCGGCGAUUUUGUUAAUUUUUCGCGUUCCGCCGUUGCAAAUUUCCAAGAGGAGUUCAAACUUCAAUUUUGAGGGCUCAAAAUGGAGUUAUCAAUGAGCUUUCAAUUUUUAAAAGAUGUAGUUUCGAAAAUUUCCUGCGCAGCAUCUUAAAAUGGCGCCCGAAACGGCUGAAUUCCGUCAAAUUUCACCCCUCACGCGCCGAGAAAUACACAGCGGCGAAGACCGCCGCGAGUCGGUCGCACCCCCGCCGAGGGUUAUAUAACCAGCGCGCGCCGUCCGCUCACUUCACUGGGCGUGACGAGAACUUUAAUCCAUUCUCUGAGUGGAGGUACUGUUGGAGGUGCGCGCGGAAGCAGGAGCCGAAGGUUGAGCUGGCGGAGUUUUUCCGUGAGCUUGAUCGCCCUGAUGCAGCUCUCGGCACUUCUCAGGCUUAUAACCUUGGUUCUGAUCCAUUUUGGUUCAUUUUUAGCUUUUGUAUUUAGUUUCAACCCACUUUUUUUUGAUGUUCUUUUUUUAAAAAUUUCAAUAUUUCUUCAAUAGUAAAAAAAGAAAAUAGUAUCUUUAUAUCAUUUUUAAAGCUCCUCGACGUGGUGGGAACGUACAGAGGUCUCUCGCAACAGCUGAAAAAAGGACGUCAUUUGGUUAAUCCAAAUAAAUUGGUUGAAUAAAUCAGUUUCACAAUUUUAAAGGCGGCCAGCCACGACGAUCUGAUCGCGCGGAUAGCGAAGAACCAAGAACUUGCGUUUGGAAUCAAAGAUAUGGUGAGGAGGCUUUGAUCCCGGGACCUUUUGAGCGACGGUUUAUCCCCUUAGCCACUCGACCAAUCUUUCAGGCUGUUCGAAUCCGAAAAAGGCAGCAAGAGAAGAAUCCGGCCCAGAUUUGUCAUGGCACCAAAGGCAAGCCGAUUGAAACUACGGUAGUUUCUAGCAACUACAGUACCCUCCUACUGUAAUCCUUGAAGCUGAGCUCCUACCUGGUGCGGACCUGCAAUGGGCUGACGUCGCUCCGUCAUCAGGUGCAUCCGAAGAAGGUGACGUCACGAUUCAUCAACGAGAUCCUCGACCAGACUCAUCUAGUCUGUACCUUGGUUUUCCGCGAGGUUAGGUCACUUGAGGGGUCACUGGAAAGUUGGGUGUGUUUAGUUUGAUCCACACGAUAUGAAGACUUACCUGCAGGCGUUGGCAAUGCCCAAGGCUCAGAAAUCGUGAGUUGGAUAUAAUAAAGGGCUUUUCGAGUUUUUAAAAAAGUUUAAACAUGGAAAAUCGGAAAUUUUUCCAUUUUUUCGGGUUCUGAAAAAUUUCUGGGUUUAUUGAGAAGUUAUAAAAGCUAUCGUCAAGGUUGGAAGGGGUAACUCAAAACUUUUGGGUUUUUGAGAGGUCUUCAAGGAGUUUUAGAACUUUCUAAGAUGUCUCUUUAGGUGUGUGAAGCUUCUGGAAGCUCUGUAGAUUAUUUUGAAUUUUAAGUGGUUCUUAGGUUCAUUUGAAUUAUCUAGAAGCUUCUGAGAAUUUUUCAAGGUUACUUUUAAGGUGAGUGAAGCUUCUGAAAGCUCUGUAGAUUAUUUUGAUUUUUUAAGUGGUCCUUAGGCUCAUUUGAAUAAUCUAGAAGCUUCUGAGAAUUUUUUUCAACAUCCAUAGGCUUAGAAACGUUAAAAAUAGAGUAAAGGAGGGAAAAUGUGUUUCUUGAAGCUUCCAACGUACUGUGACAGCUUUUAAAAACUAGUAUAGUUUGAGAUGGUUACAUUUUAAACCUACAAUCUUCCAGAGAACAAAUUUUAUCAAGGAUAUAAUUGGAAAAGAAUGUUUUUUUGGAUGUUCAGAAUCCGGAAUUUCUCAAAAAAUCAUCUGAAGAACCGCCUAAAUUCAUGUCUUCAUUAUCAUUUGUCCUUCAUCAAAAAACUGCUCUUCCUCAGAAUCAAUUCCGUCGGAGACAAGACUACGACGACCGACGGCAGCAGCAGUUCCGAAGAAGACUAA